AAAUCUGUCGACUUCCAUGGAGGGAUAAAUACCUUAAAUUUAGGGUUUUAUUGGUGAAACGAAUCCGGAGGUUGAAGACAAUGGCGAAGUUCAAUGUAGUUCAGAAGCAGAGACGAGCUCAUAUAGCUCAGAGUAAGAGGAAUGCCCAUGGUGAUCCCUUAACGAAGAAGCUAAAGAUCAAGCAACAACCUACUUAUGUAUCCAGCAAGCGUAAGCGCAAGUUGAUGCAGAAGAAACGCAGAGAAGAGAAGGAAGCUUUACGGAUGGGUCUGACGAACAUGGAAGAUGUUGAAAUGGCUGUUGCUGAAGAACUUAAAAACACCAACGGGACGUCAACCAAGUUUCGUGUGAAGAAGAGUGUCAGGCUCCGGCAAUUGAAGAGCAAAGGCAAGAAGAAUAAAGGGAAAGGUUCUUCCAGUUCAGGCUCUACAGCAUCAGGCGAUGCUAUGAUAGAGUAAAUUAGGUGACAAAAGAAAAAGCUUCACUUCUAUUGUAAUAUCAUAUUUGGCUCAUAUUAAUGGCUACCAUGCUGCAAUUUUCCGUAGCUUUGCAGGCAAAGGUUCUAACCGAAAGUUAAUAUCUUGACUGAAUCCUAAAAGUAUAAGGUUGUAGAUUGCACUGAAAAAGAAACACAACCAGAUGCUAAAUGUUUCCAAAUAUUGUUUGAUUCUAUGAAUGUUUUGAUUGAUUUUUGUACCA